AUGGCAGGUGGGCAUACUACAAUUGCUUUCAAUGUUGAUGAAGAUGAUUACCAGACAUUUAUCCAAAGCCUAAGAUCCAUACUCUCAUACUCCACAUCACAUGAUAUCAAUGUGCUCAUGCCACAGACACAGCCUCUAAGCUGGUUAGAUAUUCGCCUAACUUCUGGUGAUUCCACCAUCAUCUUGAGAAUCGACAAAAGAAAUCUAUACGUGCGUGGAUACUCAAGAGAUGAUGGCGCAACAUUUUGGGAGUUUAAGGAUACAUCUUUGAUUCCUGGAUCGAGAACUCUCACAUAUACCGGAAGCUAUGUAAAGGGUAUAACUUUGAUUAAGGUUGCCGAUGUUAACCGUCAAACUCUUCCAUUGGGUUUAUCUAAUUUGCGCACUGCCAUUCUUGACCUAGCAAGAAAUGAGGACCCAACCGACAAGGAUGCAUUGAAGGAUUGUGCUAGAGCACUGUUGCUUUUAACUCAAAUGAUUGCUGAAUCUAUUAGGUUUCAAUUAAUAACCGACCACAUUGUUACAAAUUGGUACAAUUCUGCACCACUCACUUUGCAACUCGUCGAGUUGCAACAGGGCUUUGGAGAUUUUUCUAGUGCUGUCCAACGUGCUGACCUCCCCUACUGGACAAAUAAUACGCCCUUGCCUAACGUCCCGAACCCUAAUGAAUUCAACAUUUGGACCAUAGGUCAGGCAAUUGCUGCACUUGGGAUCUUGUUGUAUGUCCCGCGCACAAGCAGCCGCAAGAAACGCCAAGUUGACGUUGAUGUUGGCAAUGCUCAUAAUGCGGAUAUUACUGCUGUUCCUAAUGCUGAUACAAAUGUUUCAUACGUGCGUACCUUGGUGAGCAUUGAGUAUGUACGUGUGAACAAUAUUGAUGGUGAAAAUCCAGGUGACCUCUAUGGAAUGGUGAAGGUCAAGGACUUUUGGGGCCUUCAUACGGUGUAUGAUCGAAGUUCAAGUGACUACGAGAGCAAAGGUCCUGGUGGAUUUGCCACAUUGACAGGCCCUUCUACUGCUAUUUCGGGCAGUGAUGUGUUCGUUAUCAACGUCAGUUUGUGGGACCAUGACAGCUUGUCCCCCGACGACGAGAUUGCUCAAGGCGACAUCGUGUGGGAGCCAAGAAAUGAGAAUUUAACUUUCACCAAUUACGACAAACGUUUAGAGGAGGUUGUGUAUGGUGAAAAUGGAAAUGUCACAGUGGGUUAUUCCGUUGUAAGACAAGCUCUCAACGCCACUAUUGAGGUUUUGUUGAUCAAUGGGGAUAAUGAAUCACCGGCCGAUGUGUAUGGAACAAUCAAAGCUUCACAAGAUUUAGGGGGAUCAUCGACGUCCCUCACAUUGUUUGAGAAAUCAUCUGAUAAAUGCGUCAAAGUGCGUCCCUAUCAUUCUAUUCCCCUGACUCGUUCAGUUGUGGUAGCACCAAUAAGUUCUGGGUUAACAGUAAUGACAGAUUUGUGGGAUUAUGAUACUGUAUCAUCUGAUGACCAAAUUGCGAAGGGAAGUGUACACUUUGAUGCAAUGGUCGGAAACCAAACCAAGAGCAUAUACGGUGAAUAUGGUGAAGUGCAAGUAUCCAUCACUUGCGAGUAA